AUGGAGAAACAGAAUAAAUAUAAUGAAAAUAUAUUUGCUAAUCAAGAAGAUCUGGUCUUUCACAAUGUCGAUUUACAAUUCAACGAGCCUCAUGUGGAAAGAGUGAGAAGAGCCCAUCGUAAUGAUAUGGAAAAUAUUCUACCUUAUUUUACUAUGUCCUUAAUCUAUAUCUGCACUAAUCCUUCACCAACUCUAGCGUGUAAUCUAUUUCGUGUAGCCGCUGUAGGACGUAUUAUACAUACUUUGGUUUAUGCCUUCUAUCCGGUGCCUCAACCCUCUAGAGUUAUAUCUUGGGGUUUGAUGUUUGUUAUUACUUUGUAUAUGGCCGCGGAUGUUGGUUUACAAAUGAUAAAAUACAUUUAAAUUGUUUUUUAAAGUUUGCAAGUGUUUUUUUGCUUCACUUGUUUUUUUUUUUUUUUUUUUUUUGUUUUUUGAUUUUUAAGUU